GCCCCGCCUGACCUCCAGGAGCCCAGAAGAGUCCAGCACAGGGCCUCCUCCCUGCACGCCGGGCUGCCCCCAGCGCCCCAGGUCUGCGGUCUGCACCCCGAGUGCCAGGGCUGAGGCCGGAAUGUGAGCGUGGCCCAGGCCCACCUGGACCCAAGUGCAGCAUCCAGAGCGGCCAUCCCAGCCAGACCAGCGGCUCCGCGAAAGAGGUGUUGAGGCCCCGAGUCAGGUGAGGCCCGGUUCCCCCCGCCAUCCACCAUGGUGGGGGCACACCCCACUGCCUCCGCCGCCACCACUCCCGCUGCCACGGUGACGGCCACUGUCGUGAUGACCACGGCCACCAUGGACCUGCGCGACUGGCUCUUCCUCUGCUACGGGCUCAUCGCCUUCCUGACGGAGGUCAUCGACAGCACCACCUGCCCCUCCGUGUGCCGCUGCGACAGCGGCUUCAUCUACUGCAACGACCGGGGGCUGGCCUCCAUCCCCGCCGACAUCCCCGACGACGCCACCACCCUCUUCCUGCAGAACAACCAGAUCACCAACGCCGGCAUCCCGCAGGGCCUCAAGGCCAAGGUCAGCGUGCAGGUCAUCUACCUGUACGACAACGCCCUGGACGAGUUCCCCGUCAACCUGCCCCGCUCGCUGCGGGAGCUGCACCUGCAGGACAACAACGUGCGCGCCAUCGCCAGGGACUCGCUGGCCCGCCUCCCGCUGCUGGAGAAGCUGCACCUGGACGACAACUCCGUGUCCACCGUCAGCAUCGAGGAGGACGCCUUCGCCGACAGCAGGCAGCUCAGGCUGCUCUUCCUGAGCCGGAACCACCUGAGCAGCAUCCCCUCGGGGCUGCCCCGCACGCUGGAGGAGCUGCGGCUGGACGACAACCGCAUCUCCACCAUCCCGCUGCACGCCUUCAAGGGCCUCCACAGCCUCCGGCGCCUGGUGCUCGACGGCAACCUGCUGGCCAACCAGCGCAUCGCCGACGACACCUUCAGCCGCCUGCAGAACCUCACCGAGCUCUCGCUGGUGCGCAACUCGCUGGCCGCCCCGCCCCUCAACCUGCCCAGCGCCCACCUGCAGAAGCUCUACCUGCAGGACAACGCCAUCAGCCACAUCCCCUACAACACGCUGGCCAAGAUGCGCGAGCUGGAGCGCCUGGACCUGUCCAACAACAACCUCACCACGCUGCCCCGCGGCCUGUUCGACGACCUGGAGAGCCUGGCUCAGCUGCUGCUGCGGAACAACCCCUGGUUCUGCGGCUGCAACCUCAUGUGGCUGCGGGACUGGGUGAAGGCGCGGGCGGCCGUGGUCAAUGUGCGCGGCCUCAUGUGCCAGGGCCCCGAGAAGGUCCGGGGCAUGGCCAUCAAGGACAUCACCAGCGAGGCCGCCAAGACCACAGCCAGCAACCACGCCUCUGCUACCACACCCCAGGGCUCCCUCUUCACCCUCAAGGCCAAGAGGCCGGGGCUGCGCCUUCCCGACUCCAACCUUGACUACCCCAUGGCCACGGGCGAUGGCGCCAAGACCCUGGUCAUCCACGUGAAGCCCCUGACAGCGGACUCCAUCCGUAUCACGUGGAAGGCCACGCUCCCUGCCUCCUCCUUCCGGCUCAGCUGGCUGCGCCUGGGCCACAGCCCGGCCGUGGGCUCCAUCACAGAGACCCUGGUGCAGGGGGACAAGACGGAGUACCUGCUGACAGCCCUGGAGCCCAAGUCCACCUAUAUCAUCUGCAUGGUCACCAUGGAGACGGGCAACACCUACGUGGCCGACGAGACGCCCGUGUGCGCCAAGGCGGAGACAGCGGACAGCUACGGCCCCACCACCACCCUCAACCAGGAGCAGAAUGCCAACCCCAUGGCCGGCCUGCCCCUGGCGGGCAUCAUUGGGGGCGCUGUGGCCCUCGUGUUGCUCUUCCUGGUCCUGGGGGCCAUCUGCUGGUACGUGAACCGGGCCGGGGACCUACUGACCCGGGAGCGGGCCUACCACCGAGGCAGCCAGAAAAAGGACAGCUAUCUGGAGUCAGGGACCAAGAAGGAUAACUCCAUCCUGGAGCUCCGGGGCCCGGGGCUGCAGAUGCUGCCCAUUAACCCGUACCACGCCAAAGAGGAGUACGUGGUCCACACCAUCUUCCCCUCCAACGGCAGCAGCCUCUGCAAGGGCACGCACACCAUCGGCUACGGCACCACCCGGGGCUACCGUGGCGGCGGCAUCCCCGACGUAGACUAUUCCUACACAUGAUGCCCGCCGGGCCGCCCGCCCCCGCUCCCACCUCCUCCUGGCGCGGCGACCCCGUGGCUUUGCCCCGCUUGCUGCCACCCGACACAGCAAGGAGAAGAGACUCCACGGCGACUUUCCCAGCAAACAGCAGCGUUUGGGGAGGGCUGACGCUCCUAGAACACAGCCGAGAAAACAAGUUUUUUAAGGACAGAAGACGGGAGGGGGGUGGGUUGACGUUGCUGAAGACAUAAUUUAUACCAAAUUAUGCCAGUUGGGGAGGGAAGGACUAAAAAUACUAUUGCAGGAAGGGCUGGGCCAGGGUGUUUUCCCCUGAAGUGGAAAGAUACUACCUGUACCGUGUCUGUACGCGCCUCCGGAGGGGCCGUCGGAGAGCAGCCGCCGUGGGACACGGACGCCCCCGCACAGCUCGCCGCCAGCCGCUCCGGCAGCGACGAGAUGGGAGAGCGGGAGGAAGAGCUUCUCUUCAGUCUCUCCCCGGUUCUCCCCCUACCAUUCCCCUCGCAGAUUUCCAGAAAUAUCGCGUCUUUUACUGCGUUCUUCGAACAGUAAUGUAACCGAUUAAAAACUAAACUCCCUUUUUCCUAUCGGAACCCUCUCCACUUCCUGGACCCCACGCCGUGGAAGCCCUCCGGGAGCUGCGGCCUCCCCGGCCACUUGGAAUCGCGUCUGUCCACCCAUCGCGAGGUUGCGUCUCUGAACUCGGACGGGCCGAUAGAGCCGCGGAGACGGGCCUGACCAUGCUUCUUGGGUCAGUUCGUCCCAUUUUCUUGAGACAAUAGAGUCAUGAACAUGUUGCUUUCCCUAACG